AUGAAAGCGCGCACAGUCCCAGCAGGCAAGCUGGCACUCGCAUCGCCAGGUCCUCCUCGAACACUGAUAUGCUGGCAAUGUCUCCGCAAUGACUUCCUCCUCGACCAGUUCAAGUUCCAGACUCGCAAAUACCACCCCUCUCGGCGGAAAGAUGCUUCCCCCUUCGGCGCCGCCGUAUCUGCGGCCCAAACGCUCUUCAAGGGCUUGCCAAAAGCUCCUCCUGGGAUAUCAGUCGAUCCGUUGAGGAUCGUGGGGAAAGAACUCAAAUUUCUCAGCACGAAUAUCCGUCAGCUGCUGGGCUCGGGGCAUCCUACGCUGGAUAAAGUGGCGAAAUACUAUACCCGAAGUGAGGGCAAACAUAUGCGGCCACUGCUAGUGCUGCUCAUGUCGCAGGCGACGGCGUUGACCACUCCACGGCCUAAUCGCUCCAUGUCAGAUGCGGGCUCAAAACCUGUGAGAGUCAAUGAUCCUAUUACUUCACGUUCAGUCCUUGCCGACACCAACCCGGACUUAGACCGGCUCACAUCGUCUUCGUCCUCCGCAACAGAAGGUCAGUACGAUUUUUCCGGCGAUGAAAACAUCCUCCCUUCCCAGCGACGACUCGCCGAGAUCACCGAGUUAAUCCACACCGCUUCCCUUCUCCACGACGAUGUCAUUGACAACGCCGUCACCCGUCGCUCCUCAAACUCCGCAAACAUCGAGUUCGGGAACAAAAUGGCUGUCUUGGCUGGUGACUUCUUGCUUGGCCGUGCCUCCGUCGCGCUCGCGCGCUUACGAGACCCCGAGGUUACAGAGCUUUUGGCUACAGUGAUUGCCAAUCUCGUGGAAGGGGAGUUUAUGCAGCUCAAAAAUACUGCCGAGGACGAAAAAAGCCCCGUUUUUACAGACGAUACUAUAGCGUACUACCUGCAAAAAACCUACCUGAAAACAGCAAGCCUAAUCAGCAAGUCGUGCCGCGCAGCCGCCUUACUCGGACAUAGCACGCCUGACGUGGUUGAGGCAGCGUAUUCCUACGGCCGCAAUCUUGGUCUAGCAUUCCAGCUCGUGGAUGAUAUGCUUGACUACACAGUCAGCGGCGUGGAGCUGGGCAAGCCCGCCGGUGCGGACCUAGAACUCGGUCUCGCGACUGCUCCCCUUCUUUUUGCCUGGAAACAGAACCCGGAACUGGGUCCAUUGGUCGGCCGCAAAUUCAGUCAGGAAGGAGAUGUGCAAAAGGCCCGAGAUCUUGUCUACCGCAGUAACGGUGUUGAGCAAACUCGUGCUCUAGCCCAGGAAUAUGCGAACAAAGCCAUCGUUGCUAUCAGUUCAUUUCCUGAUAGCGAAGCCAAGGCCGGUUUAGUUGAGAUGUGCACAAAGACCAUGAAUCGGAGAAAGUGA